CGGGGGAGCGAUGGUCGCAAGAUGGCGGCGCUGAAGGAGGCUCGGAGCUACGGGCUGUCGUGCGGGCGAGUGAGCGACGGCAGCAAGGUGUCCGUGUUCCACGUGAAGCUCACCGACAGUGCCCUGAGGGCCUUCGAGAGCUACCGCGCCAGCCAGGACUCUGUUUCACUGAGACCUUCGAUCCGAUUUCAAGGAAGUCAGGGGCACAUCUCCAUCCCCCAGCCUGACUGCCCCACGGAGCCGCGGACGUUCUCCUUCUACCUCUCCAACAUCGGCCGUGACAGCCCCCAGGGCAGCUUUGACUGCAUCCAGCAGUACGUCUCCAGCCAUGGGGAUGUCCACCUGGACUGCCUGGGCAGCAUCCAGGACAAAAUCACAGUGUGUGCCACCGACGACUCCUACCAGAAAGCGCGGCAGAGCCUGGCACAGGCUGAGGAGGAGACGCGGAGUCGAGGCGCCAUCGUCAUCAAGCCCGGAGGCCGUUACCUGGGCAAAAAGGUUCAGUUUCGGAAACCGGCCCCGGGGGCAGUGGAUGCUGUGCCCUCCCGGAAGCGGGCGACCCCCAUCAACCUGGCAAGCGCCAUCAAGAAAACCAGCGCUGGCAGCGUUAGCGGGGGCAGCGGGGUGUCUCAGCGGCCCUUCCGUGACCGGGUGCUGCACCUCCUGGCGCUGAGGCCCUACCGGAAGGCCGAGCUGCUGCUGAGGCUGCAGAAGGACGGCCUGGCCCAGGCGGACAAGGACGCGCUGGACGGCCUCCUCCAGCAGGUAGCCAACGUGAAUGCCAAGGAUGGCACGUGCACGCUGAAGGACUGUGUGUACAAGGAUGUGCAGAAGGACUGGCCCGGCUACUCAGAGGGGGACCAGAAGUUGCUGAAGCGGAUGCUCAUCCGGAAGUUGUGCCAGCCACAGAGCUCAGGCGGCCUCCCUGGGGACCUUGCGGCCAACAGUCCUCCGGGCGAGCAUGGGAGCUCAGCCUCACCCCCUCAGAAACGGCCACAGCCUCCUGAUUUCAUCGACCCUCUGGCCAACAAGAAACCCAGGAUAUCGCACUUCGCCCAGAGAGGUCAGCCUGCAGUCAACGGGAAACUGAGUGUGCCCCACGGCCGUGAGGCCCUGCUUCCCACCCCGGGCCCACUGGCUGGUACAGACGCCCACCUGCCCCUGCGGCUGGAGCCACCACGGGCCCACGACCCCCUGGCCGACGUCAGCAACGACCUGGGCCACAGCGGCCGGGAUUGCGAGCGUGGGGAAGUGGCCGCCCCGGCACCUACUGAGUGCCUCAGCCUGCCCCUGCUGACGGACUGUGCCCAGCCCAGCAGGCCCCACGGCGCCUCCUUGCACGGCAAGUCCAAGAAGAAAUCCAAGAAGCACAAAGACAAGGAGAGGGCGGCUGAGGACAGGCACCGGCCCCGGCCGCCAGACCAGAUGUCGGGCCCCCUUGGAGCCCCACCAGUCGCCCCGGGUUUAAAUGGGACCUGCAGCAGCUCAAGUGUUCCCACGUCGACCUCGGAGACUCCCGACUACUUGCUAAAAUACGCCACUAUCUCCUCCUCGGAGCAGCGCCAGAGCUACAAAAACGACUUCAAUGCUGAGUAUAGCGAGUACCGAGACCUGCACGCCCGCAUCGAGCAGAUCACGCGGCGCUUCACGCAGCUCGAUGCCCAGCUCCGGCAGCUCUCCCAGGGCUCCGAGGAGUACGAGACUACUCGCGGGCAGAUUUUACAGGAGUAUCGAAAAAUCAAGAAGACCAACACCAACUACAGCCAGGAGAAGCACCGCUGCGAGUACCUGCACAGCAAGCUGGCCCACAUCAAGAGGCUCAUCGCUGAGUACGACCAGCGGCAGCUGCAGGCCUGGCCUUAGCUCAAGGCCACAGGGCAGGAGGCCCCACCCAGCCAGCCAGGCCAGCUCGCCUCACCGGGCUGACCGUUCUGGAUGGUGGGGGAGCUGGGGGUGAGGGGGAGCUGAAGAUGAGGAAACAAGAGAUUUAUUUGGAAAAAUAAACGUGAGGAAGACGCAUUCAUCUGAGCCAGGAACGCCGGCUUUCAGGGGAGUCCCUGCAGCCCUGGCGCCCACAGGUCACACAGACCCAGGUGGGGUGUCCACCUCCCCCGGGGCCCCACACACCUCCUGAGCAGCCUCCCCACCCAGAUGGGCUCCCCAAGAAGCCCACCUCCUCGCCAGCCCCCCCCCCCGCCCCCCAGGGGCUUCAGCUUCCUAUCAGUGAAAGACUCCAAGGCCGGCCUGCCUGCCUGCCUUUUCUAGUUUUAUACAAAGACAGCCACUUUUAGCUACUGCUUAUGAGACUUGAGUCUAUUUUUAUACGAAAGAGAAAGCAUCUUUUUUCUAAACCUGUGCCUCCCCUCCUUGGACACCCAGGGUCUAGGCGCUGCCCUGUGUCCUUUCUACAGUAUUACAGAUGCUCGGGAAGUUCGGCGUUGUUCUGCGAGCUCCAGGGCUCCCAGGAGAGAACCCGUGGUGGGCGGGCAGGGGUGCCUCUCCCACGCUGGUCUCCCUCACACACAGCCUCUCCCUGGCUCUAAGAGGGUGGGCAGCGCAAUGCGACCCCCGCAGCUCUAUUUGGAAAACUCCAGCUGGUCCAGGAGCAGCUGCUGGGAGCCACCAGGCCCGCCCUGCUAUUCCAGGCCCUCAGCUGUCAGGGGUCACUGGGAGUUUCUGUGCUUGUAGCCCGCGCUCUGCGGCAGCAGUGUCGGAUUUUAUUUUACUGUCUUCUCAAUUCUCCCCUUUGCUGCUGCUCUUCGUUUCGCACUGUUGAGACCAAGUGGUCUCCAUGCUGUUGACCUCGCCCCGCCCCUCAGCCCACUUGUGGGUCCUGGGGUCGUCUUUGCAGAGCCGCCACGGGGUUUGCACUCAGGGAGGGGCUGGGGGGUCGAUAGAGCCGGGGGCGGGGGGGCGGGAGGAAGAGUGAGCUCGGAAAAGGCGCCGGAUCCACCCAUUUUGGGGGUGCUGGCCCGAGGACACCCCAGUUGCUGCUUAGUCACUGUGCCUAGUCUAAUGUCCCCCAGGGCGUCAGGGGGCGUGCGCGUUUGUGUGUGAGGGGCCCCCGGGCGCGGUGCGGUCUAAAGCGAGCGUUCACAUGAAUUCCAAGCCGUGUUCAGCGAAGCCACCACUGGGGAAGGUUAUGGGGGGGGUUGCAGCCCACAGCCCAGAGGUCACGGGGGGCGGAGGUGCUGCCGGGAGCCGUAGCAAGGGAGAGCGGAAAUGCUCACGUAGACACGUCUAGUUUUCUGAGCUGUGGCGGUGUCUCCUGAUGGCUUCCCAAAGAGCAGGCACGCCUGCAUUGUGCCCACCCCACCCCAGAGUCUCUGUGGGACCCCUGGGGUGCCUGGAGUGCCGAGGAUGCUGAUCCUUUCUGUUUCAACAGCUGUUGUUUUGUUUCUCAUUUGGGAUAGAGAGGGGGAAGGGCUGAGCACACCCUGGGACCCCAGGUUCCCCCGACAGCCAUCUUGUACUCAGCCUGGACGUGCAGACUCAGGUGAAAUGGGAGCACUCAAGGAGGCCCCACCCUGGAGGGCCGAGCGGCCCUCUGCCCUGGGAUCCAGUUGAAGGGACUCUCAGUUCAAUUUCCUCCUCCUCAUUGUUUUUUAUUGUUGUUGUUUAUUUUCUCCUUUUAAGGAAUCAUGAAGCUAAGAAAAGUUUUGUGCUUUGGGGGUUGAUGGACAAAAGUUCUAGCUGAUUAAAUAUGGUCUAACUUAUUGAUACUGUUUUUUUUUUUUUCCUUUUAAUAUUGUACUGUGGAGAAAAACUUUUGAGCCAUGGAGUUGGUGUUUACAAGAACUUUUCACUUUUGCCAAAAUGUUACAAUUGAAAGGCAUCUGCAUCUUUAGUUUCCUAAUAUUUUCUUAAAAGAACUAGUGUCCUUUUUGUACACUAAACAGGUGAAUGCUGAUUUUUUUCAACCUAUAAUAAAUUUCACUGAACUGAA